AUGAUAAAGAAUAUAAUAAACCAAUUUAUCAAGCUGUUCGGACAAGAGUACUUGGGAGAAUGGGACGCCAUACAAAAUUUGACGAUCAAUUCUGUAACCUCCCCGGAAAUCCUGCUGAAGAACGUGCCAUUCCCGGAAAAACUAUUCGAAUUGAUGGAACUACCGUUCGAAAUAGUUUACUCGAACAUAAAAAAUCUGCGUAUAAAAUUUCUGUGGUCAUCUAUUUUUUCAAAUAAUAUUAGCCCCAUAAAUAUAUACGCCAAUGACCUGUUCCUAGUUAUCAAGUUUUCCUAUCCCAGUUUAUGGGACACGAACAAAAUUUUGAAUCACCAAUAUAAGAUGAAAAAGACGAAACUGCAGAAGUGGGACAGUAUUAAUAUAUCCAAAGAAAAAAAAGAAGAAAACUUUUUAAAGGCACUGCCAGUGAAACUAGUGAAUUCGCUAAGAAUUUUAGUGGAGAAUAUAAAAAUCGUAUUUUUCGAUAAUUAUAUUCAUAAAAAUCCUUUUACUUUUGAAUUUUUUAUAAAGAAUUUCAAGAUAGACGAGCUGAACAAAUACAACGUUAAGUUGACAGAGGAGGAAAAAAAAAAUAUCAAGAAGAACUUUCUAAUUAACAUAUGGAUUAGGAUGAUGGGACUUCAUAUUAUUUACAAGGAAUACAAGAAGAAGAUAAAGUACAAAAAGCAGCUGAAGAAAAAGAAGGCUGAUCUGCUGCAUAAUAGUGAGAAGGUUGACCACGGGGCGGCGAAGUCCAAGGGUGGAAGCGACGAUGCAAAGGAGGAAUAUUUCCUGACGGCCAUCGAAAACCUGUUCAGUGAAAGCGCGAGCUCGGUGUACCGAGGAAAGAGGCACAGUUCGAGGAGGGCGAAAAGAAGGAGCUCCUUAAAUAACUAUGGAGUGGCAAAAAAAUUCCGUUCAUUCAGUGACUACGAGAUCGAUGAGAGGAUAAAAGAUGGAAAUAUAAAAAAAAGAAUGCGCAGGGAAAUGCGCAAAAAAAUACACACGGGGCAAUUUGGCAAGAAGCUCUUACUAGAAGAAUCAGGGAGUAAGCAGAAAAAUAAUAAAAAAGGAAAAAGUAAUUACAAUUUUGAAAUUCCCAAGCAUGAUCUAGGUUUCAGAAUAACAGCGAAAGAUGGAUUAGACAUGCAUGUCGUUUUUAAGAAGUAUGAUAUGAAGGCACUGAACGAACUGAAAAAUGAUUUAAAAUGCUUCAAGAGUGUGGAACUCUCCUUUGUUAAGCAUAUUCAGGAGAAUCUUGAAGACGAUUUUUACAAUAAUGUGAAAAUAGAGGAAGAGGAGGAACAUGUGAAGGGGACCUGCUAUUGUUAUAACAAUGGCAGUAAUAACCUAGCAAAAGUGAAUAAUGAUUCAUUUUUUAUUUCAAAUAAUCCAAACGGGUACGAACCGAAUAACGAUCUUUGUAACUCCGAAUUCACAAACUACGACGAAAUAAUGGAACGCAGCUUCAAGAAUGACUACCCCCCCAUUUUUAGUGAUAUUUCUCUGUUUGAGUCUUUAAACGUAUAUUUUACCGCCUCUGCGUUGGACUCUUUUUACAAUUUCAUCAAAUACAUAGAAUUCUGGUUCCUAUACAAGGGGGGGUGCAACAAAAUUUUUAAUAUCAUUCCGAGUAUAGACAAUUGCAUAAGAUACUCCGAAUUGAGAAAAUUACGUAAUGAAAAGAAUUACGUUUAUGAUGAAGGAAGUAAGGAUUUUCUAGAAAAGUUUGAAGCUUCAUGUCCUAUUCACUUGCUAACCAAGUUAAGAAUACUAUCGGAUGAAUGUAUAUACAGCAAGGAAUAUUUUAACAGUGAUCAUUUGAAGAGAAGAGAAUGGAAAAAGUUGCUCUAUAAUUUUAUUAAAAACCAGAAAGGAACAACCACGUCCAUUAUGAAUGAGAACUUAGAGAAGUUAGACAAAUGGUUUUCGCACGAAAUGUUAUUCAAUUUUGUUAUUCCAAAAAUUAACUUCACGUACAUUCCCAUCAAAUAUAAUCAUUUCAGUAAUUCCAGUGUAAAGUGCAAUAAGUGCCUCCUGUCCUACACACUAGCCUGUUCCUUCCUAUUUAAGCAGGAAAAACUAUCCACCAUAAAAAAGAAGAUGGGAAUUUAUUUUCAUAACGUCGAUAUACAUUCCCUUUUUGUUCUUUUUAAGAAAAAUAAAAAAUUUUUCAUGAAUAAAAAGAAGUACUGUAUUCUUUACAUAGAGAAAUUACCCAUCAGGAACUUUUGUCUGUAUCAUGAGCCGAAUAGCAACAACGUAAGCUUUUACCAAUUGGGGCAUUCGAAUGUAGGGGAUGACUGUGUUGACUCACUUGAGAGGAUACAUUCCAAGGAGGAAAGAAUUAUAGAGGAAAAUUUUGGACAUAUGAUAAGUGGUCUAAUGAAACAGGGAGGAGAACCGAGGGGGGCACUACCAGAAGGUGCAGAUUAUUAUGCAGGAAAUGAAACAACGAAUCAGAAUAAUAAUGCAAGUGGUGAUCCAUUUAAUGAGAAUGGUUUUGUCGCCAAUGAGCCAUUGAAACCAAGUAAUGGCGCGAAGCGGAAUAGUCUAUUACAAGGAGAUGGAAAUAGUUAUGAAAAUGAUCUUAAGGAGAAAGGUGAAAACGUGAAUGGAAAUCUAUACACCUCUAAAAAUACGGGGAGCGACGAAGAUGGAAACCUUUGCAUGAGCAGUUUUAAAAAUUAUAAAAUGUGCAAGCUGUUCGGGAGAGGAUAUUCUGAUGAAAGCCAUCUCGAAGGGGAAUAUGAGGGAGAAAAAAUUCAAGUGGAAAAUUUGCGAAGUCUUGAAAGUGAGCAUAUCAGAUAUGAGCGUGAAGAAGGCAGAAGCAACAACCACCACCACCACAACAACAACAACAACAACAGGAGCAACGACAAGAACAAGGACAACAUACCUAAUAGUAGAAAUAAUAGGAAUACGUUCUGGAAGUUUAUUCUAGGAAAGCAGAAAAAAGAAACCUUAAGGAAUGUGAACAAGGAUAAUGCCAACAAAAUUGACGACAACAAUUUCGAUCGAAUUAUUAAUAACCAGGCUGUCCUAAUCCCAAACUGCCUAAUUAUUAUUAUUAAUGAUUACUCCAACAAUGUAAGGGAUAUUGAUAUAACCAUUUGCAAGUACGUAAUUAAUAUAAAUAAUUUAUUGCCCCUUAUGAACUUCAUUCCUACGAGCAACACAUGUCUUGAGCUCUUCCUGAAAUAUGAUAAUUACAUAGACAAGGAUGUUAUCGAAUGUAUUUGCUUGUGUAUAAGUAAAAGCGUAAGGAAGAAGAAGAUUCUACGUCUUCGUAUGGACGAGUUGAAGUUUUAUUUUUUCCACUCCUCGUACGUACAAAAUGAAGUAGUUAAUUUGAAAAGAUUUCUCAAUAAGACCAAGCAGAAGAGCAACGCCGGGGGAAACUCACGUUAUCAAGAAAAGUUCAUCGAACAUGAUCUUCUGCUCGAUCCUUUUAAAUCUUUAGCGGAUGAGAACAAAGAUGAAAUGAAUAUAACAGGAAGAAAUUUGCAUAAGGAUAAUAUGCCAACUGAGAGGAGUGAUUAUGUCGUAAAGAACUACCCAAAUGGGAUUGUUACGAAUAGUUGUAAUCAUCAAGGCGAGGGAAAGAAUGAUAGCACUAGUGGGACGACCUCCAGCACGUUCGACGAAUCGGAGGAAGAUUACAGCGGGGAUGAACUGGAAAGCAAUAGAAGGAGUAAUCUUAACAGAAGCAGAAGUUUAGAUUAUUUUGUAGAAACUCAAGAAAGGGAUAUAACGAACAUACAUAACAUCAUUUUUAAUAAUCUCUUUGUUGCGCAUACGAAUGUCUAUCAUACAAAAGUAAACAACACAUUUUCUUAUCUUAGGAAGAGAAAUUUUCUUUACUCAAUUAGAAGCAAAUAUUAUAGUUUUUUAUGGAAGUACAUGCAGUAUAAUAACAAUAGGACUAAGGUAAAAAAUCGAAAUUUAUUAUCAAUUGGGGUUUUCGGUUACGUGAGAAAUUUGUUCUUGUUCCAGGACAAGACCGAUUCGUUGCUUUAUUUGAGCGCAAGGGAGCUAAAUAUCGACCACAUUUUUCACAACUGUUUUGAGAAUAUGAAGGGUAGCGCAAAUCCGCGUGAUUUCGUGGAUUGUACGGAGAGUCCGUUGGGCAAAAUGAAUUUGGAGGAAGGCGAUCGAGGCCUGGUAGGCACACCAGAUAUGGUAAGGAAUGGCCCUAUUGGAAGUACUUCUAGUUUCAGUAUCAUCAGCACAAGUGAUGCAGAGGUUCGGAAAUCUCGCAGGAUGACCACAAAGGAGAACAACAGAGUAUCUCUCUUUAGCAUAAAGUCGGUGAAGCUGAAAAAAAAUAAUAACGUGUUGUCCCUCACGGUGAAUCUACUAAACUGCAGCCUGAACGAAAUCUGCGUGUCCCUCAUAGGAAUACACAAACAUGUAUUCCCUUUAGAGCACGUCGAGUUGAUAAAGGGAAGAAUCAACAAACUGAAAAAUAUCAAACAGUUUCUCCUGUCUAGUAAUAAAAACACCAUGCACUUGAAGAAGAUUAACGUGACAAAUGAGUUGCUCUACAAAAUAUUAAGCAGGUAUUUCAAAACGAACCACGUGGUGAGAGAAAAUGACACGAACAGUGGUGACACUCCGGAGAAUAAGGAAAACGACAUUUCGAUUAACAAAAAUUACGAAAAGUAUAUAAAAAAAUUGGUCAUCAAAAUUUUAGACAAUGAAAAAAUCCUAUACAAUAAAGAAGAUUUUGAAAAAAUAUUUUACAUGAUUUUGAGGAAGAAAAUUACACAACAGGGUAAUAAGGGGUGCUCCUACGUGGGAGGAAAAAAAGAAACCCUUCCAAUUGUUAGAGCGCAGGAUAGGAGAACGAUGUUCAUUAGUCACAACUCGGACAUGCUAGACUCCUUCAGUAGCAAUAACGACAUUGUGCAGAAUUACUACAGAAAGGGGGGAGAGAGAUAUGGAAAUUUUAUUGGAAAUUCGAGAUCGUUAGAAUGGGAUUAUCACACCUGUAAGGAGGAGACCCUGAUGAGCAGUCAUGAAGAUGAGGAGAGGUCCGAUUUGUAUAAUAAUUCGAAUUACUUUAAUAUGGAGACAGGACGGAAUUCCUACUCCAAGGUAUCUGAAGGAAGUGAUCAAGAUAGAUGGGAAGCGAUGGACCAUCGAGAAGAGGGAAUCAAGAGUGAGGAGAAAUUAUUCAUGCAAGAGGGGAAGGAGAAAUACAAAGACAUUGAUUUGGUGAAACCGUCCAAGAGGUACAACACAGAACACUGCAAAUAUAUGAAUCUUAGAAAUCUCUUUAAUUUUGAUGAGGUUCUAAUAGAUAUAGAAAAAAUAAUGGGCGAUGAUAUUUUCAUUCAUAGUAGUAUGUCUAAUGUGGAGCUAUCACAAGUAGAUUACCUGAAUGGAACAAAUGUGGAGGAGAAGCACACACCUCAAAAGAAGACUUGCCUUUUCUUCUUGGUAAUAAGCAAAACCAACGUUGCCAUUAGUAACAAAAAUGAAGGAAUAUUCAAAAUUGUGUGCAAUGACUUUAUGAGCGAGUUGACUCAUAUGGCUACUUGUCUAAAUAUAUCUUUGAAAAUGAACACGCUGUACUUUUUCUACAUCCUCGCCGUUUCGAGGAAGCCCAAAGUGAGUACCCUUCCCAAGGAGAGGAGCGAAAAGGGGGACAAGAUAUUUGAUCAGGAUAAAAUUACCCCCGUACGAAAAAAUACGUGUAAAAAAUAUGUCAUCUUAACAGACUCAAUAAGUAACAUAUUGAGCGUUUCCAAGUCCAGUCUGAAAAAAAAAAAAAAAGAUGAUCUCUUUAAUCAGUAUGUAUGCAUUUUGGAAAGAAAAAAGUUUAAGCUUUUUAUUGACUACGACAAAAAGGUGAAGAGUCCAAAGCCGCAGCUUCAUUUGGACCUACACAUAAAUAAGGACACGAACAAAAAAACUUUAAAACUAUCGCUUAACAAUUUUAAUCUUUUUUACAGCUCCACUUUAUUUGUUUUGCUAAACAGUGUUGUGAUAAAUUACUUUCUAACGUACAUCCAGGAGAAGGAAAAAGUGAGCAUUCUGCUUUGCAGGUACGAAAGUACGUUGCGGAAUAAGGACAGCCAGUCAAAUCAUGUCAAGUAUGGCCCUGUGAAGGGGAAAAAAGAACGGAGUGACCAAAUGGUUGUUGUAUCCCUCGAGAAAUGGGUAAGCAGCCACGAAGUGGUGGACACACUGCGCACAUCAAGCAACGACAGCUUUAUAGAAGAAACGUACGGAGACAAUGACAUUAGCUAUAAUAUUUUUGAUGAAAAAAAGAAACAAAUGGAAGACCUAAAUGAGGAUACUAUCAAUUUAACAAAUAACACAUUUUAUUAUGAUUUUUCCGAAAAUGAGAAUGGGGCACAAAAGAACAUUCAAAGGAGCGCGCUUCAUCAGAAUGAACAAUGUGAGCACAACCCCUUAUGUGAUAUCACUAGGGGGAGCGUUAGUGGAAAUGGAAGCAAUGGUGCGAGCAAUGCUAUGAGCAGGGGUUUGUAUAAUGAUUUGUACUACCGGGAAAAGAUAACCAAUUCGGGGAGCGCAAAAAGAAAAAUUAUCGUGGAUGACGCGUGUGGAGGAUUCGCAUCGAAAAGGAGGUUCAACGAUAUGAGUGGCAACCUUCACGGGCUCCCUCCAAAUAUUAACUCGAACGAUAAUGUUAACUCGAACGAUAAUGUCAACUCGAACGAUAAUAUCAACUCGAACGAUAAUGUUAACUCGAAGGAUAAUGUUAACUCGAAGGAUAAUGUUAACUCGAAUGAUAAUGUUAACUCCCAAAAGGGGAGAAAGGGAAAUAUCAGUUUUUUAAAAUCAGACACGAAGCGAGAAGUCAUUUCUGCAGGCAUGUCGUUCGCAAAGGUAGAUUCCCUACAAGUCGAUUGCAGAAAAGGGACUCACGAAGGGUGGUUAAAAAAUGAAGAGAGCAACUUGUCUGAACAGCCUGAUGGGUUAGUAAAUUAUCAAACUUCCAAGAAUGCCUGUCAUGACCAAUUAGGGAAUAACUGUGACAUUCCUCCGAGUGUAAUCAAUUCGAAGUACCAGCAUUUGGACUUACGGGGUGAUAGUCGGAAGGAAGGAAUGAGCCAGAAAGUUAUUAAUGUUGACAAUAAUAUAUCAGGAAUCAAUACAUUAUCGUUGAAGAUGUUCGCUAAGCACAAUUCAAAAAGAAGACGCAGCACCAGAGAAGGGCAUAACGUUACCGAAAAUAUUCUGAAGGGGGAAAAAAAAGUUCGUCACUCAGUUGCGGAGCACCAAGGGGAAGUGCCAUCCUCUAGGAAGAAUACACACAACAGAGAAGAGGAGAAAUCUCAAAAUAGUGCAGAAAUUAACCUGUUUGUUUGUUCUGAGAAUGUUAACAUAUGCUACCUUAUUAACUACCACCGAUUCAAGUAUGUCUACAAGAAGAACCACAAGGUGGACACCUACAUGAAUGAUUACAUUAAUCUUAUUGAUAGUUGCUCCAACUACUGUAAAGAGGAAAAGAAAAAGGAAGGAGAUAAUUUUGAGCAUGUUGGAAUUAUGAACAAAGAUCUCUACAAUUUAAAUUUAAAUUUUUUAUUUAAAAUGGAAUACAAAUGCACAGAAAACAAGAAAAAAUCCAUCAGUGCGUUUUUUCCCUUUCUGUAUAUUAUCCUUAUGAAGAAUUGUAACUACGUCAUAUCGCAUUUAACAAUCGUGGAUGUGAAAGUGAGUUCUCACUUUUUGUGCAAACGUGAGGAAGAAGAAGAAAAAAAAAAGAAUUAUAAAAAUUAUUUACAUAAAAAGAAUACCCUACAAAUGUACGACAGGGCGAUGUUGAAUUAUUUGCCCGCAGAACAACCACAUUUUGGCCAGAGGGAUACUAGUCCUGAAGAGAAGUGGAAGGCGAGUAGAAAUACACGUGCAAGUUCACAUAGUACGUCCAAUAACAUAUCCAAGAAAUAUUACCACAGGAUGAGUGACAAAUUAGAAUGCACUAGUUCUAAUGGGGAAAAUUCGCUCACGGAUAGUUGCAUAAUAGCAAAACGUAUGAACAGCAGCUUGUCCAUAAAUAAACGGGUAUCAGAAAGUAGGGGUAGGAAUCAUGCCAACAACUCAGAUUUGUUCUACGAUCUGACGAUGAAGAAGGGGGUUAUAAGGAGUAUGAAGGAUCCGUCGGCUGAAGGGACUAGCGAGUUCAGCAAGAAUAAUAACAGGGACAAGAAUGACUGUGAGAGGAAUAAUUCCUUGAACGCUCCUUAUGGAAUGAACCAAGAGAAAUCCUUAUCUAGCGAAAGGAGGAUGAGCAAGCAGAAAUCCUACAUGAGUAUUCUGUUUAAUUAUAAGAAACAUGAAUUGGCACAAAAUGUGGAAGGUGAACCUAUUACUGCUUUUCGAGGUAAUAGUGUCGAUAGUGGCAGCAUUACUAAGAACGCCUCCCGCAGAAAGAACCUGCUGAAGCACCUGAAUACGGUUGUAAAUUUUAUGGGAAAAAAUAAGGACAGCUCCAAGUCUAUACUGAAGAGGGACAAAUCAACCAGGCGAUCUCUGAGCCUAUUCAGCUUUAAGUCUCCCGCCUUUCUGCACAAGAAGGCUGGACGAUGGAGCAGCAACACGUUGGAAGUUGUGCAGACGGAAGGUGGUAACAAGAAUGCAUCAUACGACUUGAGGAGCAUAAAUGCAGAAAAGAGUGAGUGCACCUGUGAGGAGGAAGGAAAAGACGGGAAGGAUAAGAGGGAGGAUAUGCAAAAAUUUGCCCAUCACAACAGUUACAACUCUGUUAGCAUUUCCCAACAAGGCAGUGACUACCAAAUGUGGGAUGAACAAUUCAUGGGAAAUUCCACAAAGGGAAUGAAAAAAAUGAGAGGCGGUCAGGCGAAAUGUAGAAACUCCCUUGAGGGUAUCCACAUAAAUAAUGAGCAAGAUAGAUUCAUGAAAAGAAGCGAAAGAAAGAAAAAAAAAUUCACACAAUUACAAGGAGAUAAAAAAAAAACACCCAUGUGGAAACUGUCCAAGUGCAAGCUAUCUGUGUAUAACAUAAACCUAUUCAGCUGCAUCUAUUUGAGACGAUUUAAACGAGGCAAGCAAAAAUACUUACAACCUCUGGUAUAUAAUUAUAAGCAUGCUAACGGUGUACAUUCUUUUCAAGCGAAUAAGAACACAAACGAGUUCUGUAAUCCCUCCUUUCUACAAAGCACCUUCGAUAUGUAUGCUAAUUUUAAGACCACCAAUUAUGACAAGUUAACAAAGAACAACCAUGUUCUGCAGAAGGACUUAAAAUUCCUAGAAUACAUUAACCAGGUAUAUAGUUUGGAAUGGUUCAACAAAUUUAAUAUACAUCAUUUGUAUAAUAUCAACAAGAUUAACUCGACAGUUUCUAGAUUUAUGUGUCUGAAUAGUAAAGGUGGAAUCGACUGCGCCGUUAGCAAUAUUGUAUGCUGCUAUGUGCCCAUUUUUUAUAAGCACAUUUCGGCGUCUUACAGAAAUAUAUACAAGUUUUUGCUGCUCGCCAAAUAUUAUGAAAGUGUGCAUUAUCUACCCAGGCUGUGCAAGAAGGGGGCGAUACCCCAUGCCAACGAUGGGGAUAAUCCUUAUGAGAGUAGGAUAAGUGGCAUGAAGAACCAACACAUAGAUGGAAGCACCCUGAAGGAAAGAGCUUUGGGGGUGUACGAAAUGGACAAUGGACUUGUACAAUUAAAUAUAAAUAGUUCGAAGGAAAGACAGAAGAGAGACAAGAAAAAGGCCCAAUCACGUAACGCUGAUAAUGAAAAAAAGUGUGGGAAAGGAGAGAAGAAUAAGAAAGCAGACAUUUUGGGGGGUAAUAAUAAAAGCUUCAGAAUGAACAAGCAGGAGCCUCUCAGUUAUGUGGAAAAAUUACAAAAAAAGAGAGAGAGGAAGAAAAGGAAAAAGGGAACUGCCAAUUUUACUCAUCCCGUGAAUGAUAUAAAAAACGCAUAUGGAGAGGUAGAAGGAAAAACAUUUUACCAUGACGACGGAAGUGAUUUGUUCGAAAAUGAUGAGAAGAUAACAGCGCCACCAGAGAAGUUUAUCCUUCCUUGCGACAACAAUUUUAACAGCUUUAAUAAUUACUUAAUAUAUAAGAGAGAUUUUUUAAAAUACAGCUCUUGGAAGGAAAACCACCUUUAUGUCUCUCUUAAGGAGGUAGAAUGUUACGAUAAAAGGAGGCAAAAUAGGAAUAGACAUUCAAACGUUAGCGUGAGAAAACAUGAGAGAAAAAGUAAGAAGAAGAAAAAAUGCUUCAAUUUUUACAUUCACAUGCAUGCUUCUAGCAUUAACCUGGAUCCAUACUUCAUUUCGACAUACAACUUUUACCUAGUGAACAAUUUAAAUAAAAAUUUAAUAGCAUACGAUAUGAAAGAAACCAAGGAUUAUUUCAUUCAUAAAUAUAAGGAAAUGCAACAAUAUUACAGGUAUACAGUUGGGUGCAAUGAAUAUUUGGAGAAUGGAGGAAUCGAAUCCACGGCGAGCUCGUCUGAUGGUAAGGAUAAACCGGGAAGGGUAAAGAAGGUUGGUCUGGGGAAGCGACAUAAUGAGAAGAAUCACUGGGGGGCAGGUCCCACGGGAUGUUAUAAUGUCUAUGAUGAGGAGCAUCUGGGACAGGAUGCGGGGGAGGCGAAGACACCCGCAGAUCAAAAAAUAUGCGAAGAACUGUUCUCAUUCAGCCCACCAAAGACGCUAAAAUUGUUCCGCCUGAUGAAUUCGCUAAACAAUCUUACGAAGAAAAUUAAUGACAAACUAAAAAAUAAAAAGGUUAUAAUUAAUGUUGACAUAAAAAACGUAGAUGUUAAUGUUCUUGAUUGCUCCUACAUUUACGAGAGUAAAUAUUUGCUAGUAGAUCAUGUGCACCCAUUUUACAAUAACCAAUAUGUGUACAUGUCGAAGGAAAAGUACGAACAAAUUAGGAGAAAAAAGGGGAAUCAUUCUAACGACUUUUCAAACCUUGAGUCGAUGGAAAACAAACAUUUUUCGAGCACCAUUAAUAAUCUUAUCUUCAACAAACUUACAAAUUAUUAUAAUAACAACUCUUUCUACAUUAUUUCUAUUAAUGCCAAUAAAGUUAAAAGGAUUUCUAUACAACUUUACUCCACCGUCAUACUAAACAACUUUAUCAAACAGGAAAAUGUGAAGGACGUACUAAGUGUCAUUGUGUACAACUACAGAAUGAGGUUCUCAAGUCUUAAGAUAAAGAGGGUGAAAAACAUAAUGAAGGAUGGGAAGAAAGAUAUAAUGAAUAUGCUCCAUGAAAUAGGUCUGGAUGAAACGGAGGAUACCACAAAAAGAAGAAAAAAAAAACAUAGAAAGGCUAAAGAGAAGAGAAGGAAACAUGAGAGGAAUAAUCAAAUUGAUAUGUAUAAACAGUUCGAAAAGAGCUAUAGGAACAAAAUAAAUACGUAUAGCUCUAUCAACGAAGACAGUUUUAUUGAAAGAAAGAAGAAUGUUCUCUACAAUGAUGUAAUAAGGAGCAAUAGUAAGCUGCAGAACGUUGGAUGGUUUUCGAGUAAUGAUUCUGCAGAAGAGGAGGAAUCGUUUAUACCAACUCCUCCAAUUGUAUCCUCUUCGUUAUCUUCCGAACCGACAUCGAGAGAUUCAUCCACCACCACAUCGGAAGUCACUUCCGCUGCAAUUUCUGCUGUGAGUUCUUUCCAGUCUAUGGCGACUAACUCCAUUCUGUCUUCCUCCUCAAACGUUGAAAAAACGGUGCCACAAGUGUGUGAACAAGUGCAAAAAGGCAGAAGGCACAGAUCGACCUAUGAACCAUUUCGUCUAUCGAAGAGGAAAAAACUAAAAGAGGCCGCCCUACUACUAAGAAGAAGACAGAUAACAGAAAGCAAGAGCUUCUCCGACAGUAUAUACACAAAGCAUUCCACGUCGCUAAGGCUACCUGUGGAUCACUUUAAUGAUGAUAAUGAAAAAUCCAGGAGCUUUCACAAUUUUGGUAGUGAAAGUGCACAGAACUCAGAUAACUAUUCAAAAAAUCAAAAAAUAAUAAAGAAGAAAAAAAUGAGAAAUAAAUUUUAUAACUAUAUUAAGAAAAUAUAUAACAAUAUGACAUCCAAGCAGAAGAAGAAAAAGUUAAUCCUUGACAACAUCGUUGAGAAUAAUAAAUGGUCUAUUAGUUUAGAAAAUUUAAUUUUUUAUUUACCUCCCUUUAAAAAGGGCUUUAAAUUUUAUCUAUAUUUAAACAGGUUUAUUAUAUACGACUAUAACCAAAUAAAGAUAUGCAACAACAUUUCUCAGUUUAGGUUAUUCCUAAGGAAUAAUGCAGAGAGGAAAUACCUCCAGUUAUGCAACAAAAUAAUGCGCACAUUUAAUCACCUACAUCUUAAUAGAGAUUUACUCAAAGGAAACUUGAGGAGAAAAAUUGUGUUAAAAAAAAUAAACCACGAGAUAUAUAACAAUCAAGUGUAUGUCAUAGGAAAUGAGGGAAUAAACAAUAUAGACUUUGUGUGGGAUAUGAAAAAUACAAGAUUUACUUUGCACAAUCAGACAAUCAUGGAUUUAGUGAGUUACUUCACCGAACUGUCCAUCAGCAUGUUUUCAUUCCUUUAUGUAUAUUCUGUGUACCCAGAGUUAUCCUUUUCUACACUUUCUCAUCUAUCUUCCUGUAUGAAUGUCGACAAUUUUCAGAAGGGGCUUCUCCUAUAUAAUAACCUGCUGAAAAACUACAUCGGCACUUGUAAAAGUGGAAAACGACAAAACGGAAGUUUCAUAAGCAUCGCUUCUAGGAACAACAGAAAUAACAAGAGCAUACAAAUGAAUAAUAAGAGGAAUGCAUCGUUCGCAAGCGAGUGCAACAUGAUGGGUUUGGAAAGACAGCUCUAUCAGCAGUCCCACAGUUGUGAGGACACAGAUCGAAGCGAUCACAACAGUGUGGACAGCUUGGAUCGACCGGGAAAGGUAAACGUAGUGCAAGAAGAGCAAAAAGACGGGAGCGAACACGCCUCGGACAUUAGCAACAUAAAUAUGCUAAUGGAGAAAAUAAUUUUCCACAAAAAUAAAAUAAAUUAUAAGUACCUAAUUAUGAACAAAUUCGAAUACCAAACAAAGGCCCACAAAUCGCUAAAGGAAUUACAUGACAAGAAUUAUUACUUCUUAUCCUUUGUAAGUAACAAUUUGCUCUUCUUCUUAUAUUUCUACACCAAGUAUAAAAUCGUCCUGAAUUUCGUGUCUACUGAGGAUGUAUUUCCUCUGAGACCCAAGUACAUUUAUCCUAUUAAACGCAUUAAACGGCGCUCACCGGUGAAGGUUCACAAGAUUUGCGAAAAGAUAAGGUCGAAGAAGAAGUUCAUGCAUGUGGGUAAGAAAUAUAUGCAGAAGGAACAACUGAAAGUUUCUACCUCCAAAAUAAUGGAAAAGAAAAAGAAAAGAAAGAGGAAACUGAAAAAAUACAUCAGGCACAAUAAGCAGGAAGGAACGAACAACGAACACAAGGAGAGGAAGCCUUUCUAUGAGCCUAAUGUGAGCUCAAAUCUCUGUUGGAAAGAAUCUUCAUGUGAUCUUAACGAAAAAGAAAAGAAAUGGAAAAAGGAACCGCUCGAUGUAAAACACUUCAAGACGGAAAAACACAACACCCAAGAUAAUAUCAACACUGUUUCUAUAAAGAAGGAACAUGAAGUGAUCAUUCUGGGUAGCAGCUUAGGUAGUGUGAGAAAUGAAGAAACGGUCGUAAAAUCAGGAUCAAUUAUUUAUGAUAAGAUGAGGAAUGACGAAGCGGAAGAGUUGAAGAAUAAGGAAGACAGCAAGGAGGAUGUCCACCAAGCUAAGGGUUUUUCUACAAAAUUAAAAACUACCAUAAAAAAGUUUUUUACCAGAAAGUUAUCUUCCCAAGUGUUAGGAAAUAAGAAUCACGGGGAUGGAAAAAAAAAAGGAGAAAGCAUGACGAACACGUCGAACGCAUCGAACGAGUUAUUCUGCAAGGAUUACAAUUCAGUGCUGAAUAAAUUAGGGGGCAGAUCCGAUGUGAGCGCGUCAAGAAAAAACAUAACUUCGUUUAACAAUGUACACGUUUUUAAAAAUAAAUCAAUUUCUUUAAAGAUGAAGGUGAGUCUGUUCGAAAUGUGGAUUAUCCAAGAAGAUCUACUCAAUGUAGAGAAUGAGAAGAAGAGAAAUGUACGGAUCAGCUCAUUUCUGAAAAAACAAAAGAAGAAAAACUUUCUCCUUUCAUCCUCUGUGGACAAUCAUAAAUCAGAAAAUGGGGAAAAGCAAAUGAGAGGUAGCAGACGAUGGAGCAAAAACAUGAUAAGCGCAUCGAACAGCUAUGGGAAGGAUAACAUAUAUGAGGAAGUGGAGGAAACACAAAAUUUGAGCAUAAAAUCUGUUAGCUCAACGAACUCUGGAAGUAAUGUAAAUAUCUUUAACAUUCUUGAAAAAUCCAAAAAUUAUUUCAACACAUUUAUGAAUAAAAAAAUCAACAAGCAGAUUUUCUACCUUGCCAAAAGGAGAACCUCCAAAAAUGAUUUAGAAGAUUUUAACGAAAAUUCCAAAGCGUUUGUUAGAAGGAAAAAGAAUAAUGUUAAAGAAAAGGAGAUGGGAAAAAAUAUGGUUACAUUUAACCAAGGGAAUACUGCCAAUUCGAACGUCUGGUUUGAAUCCUCCUCCCUGAGUGACUACACCUACCGUAAAGACAAAGCCUUGUCGCACAUUUUAGGACAGUCAAAUAGCAACAUGUAUAUUUAUUCUGAUAGAUAUGUUGGGGAGAAGAACCUCUUUAAAGCCAUGGCAAAGCAGAAAAUAAAAAAAUGGAAUGAGUACCAUAGAUGGGAGAAGAAAAAACAGAAGAGGAAAAACAUCAGAGAGAAUAAUAGGAAUAUAUGCCUCUCCAUAAUUUUUAGUGUAGACACAUAUUACAAGGAACGUGGAAAAUUGGACUACUCAAAAUUUAAGAUCGAAGUGAAUAACUUAAAUAUUAUGUUAGGCAAAUGCUUCAAAUUUACUGAUAUUUAUGACCAACUGAAAUUGUACAGGAGCGGCAACAACUUGAGGGCAUCAUCUGUUUACGCCUCAGCCAUAUAUGAUAUGAACCAUGUACAUGAUGCUUAUAACAGGGAGAGGAAUUAUCCAUACUUGAAAAAACUGCCCAAUAGGAAGGACCAAAUUUCCAGCACCGAAAUGGAAUACGCCUUUUAUGAUAACACAAACUUCUAUGAUAUAUACUACAACGAGAUGAGGGAUGUGAAGAUGGUGAAGCGAAUUAUCAGAAGUACCAAGAGGAGGGAUCUUAGUGUAAGCCAUCACCACGUUGUGCACGGUGAUCUCACCCAUAUGGGAGACACUCGGAGUGAAGAAGAAGUGUCUAGUGAUGGAUCAAUCACUGUGGAAAAGCAAUCAGAUAGAUACUUAAGCAGUGGAGGCAUAACAGAUUAUUUACCUUACAAGGCAGAAAAGGAGCCAUUUUAUCGGGAAAAGAAAAGCAUAACCUUUAGCUCUACGCAAGAGGCUGAAUUCUAUAGCCAGGCAGAAAAAAGGCGUCACAACAUUGGGGAGGAUAUAUCCAAAUGGAACAGUUCGCAAUUUUACGGCAACCCCUCGCGAAAGCACAACCAGGAGAAGAAGGCACUUACCAAACACAGUAACCUGUUUAUAAACAUGAAUAAGAACAAAAUUAUUUACAAAGAUAAAUUUAACAUUUUUCUGAAUCAUAAUAAUAAUAUAUUUAUGCCAAACAUUAAGGAUGAAAACGACUGGCUUCUAAGCAUCAACAGUGUGUAUUUAUUUGCAAAUUCGCUAAGCGCGAAAAAAUCCUUUAAUGUAUGUUGUCACGAACUCUUAAUAAACAUAAACAUAGACAAUAUAAAAGAGCUGUAUAAGCUGCACACCAAUUUUAACUACAAUAUAUACUACGCAGGGUUUUACAGAAAUUAUCUUUCCUUUGUGAAGAAUAUUUAUGUGCUCCCAUUUGUGAACAAGGAUAAAACAUGUAUUGAAGAAUCAAACGAAAAAUUGAAGAUAAAUGGGGUGUACCUUAAUAGCAUAAAUAAGCUGAAGAUUUCGGAUAAAAAUAUCCUACAUGAGAAACUUAAGGGAACGAGACAAUUCAACUCAGAUGAUAGAAAUUUGUAUGGAGUAAAAUGUGGCAGAAAGUGCACUGACUCGUGUGAUGAAUAUCCACCUAACGGUCAUAUGAAUCCAUGUGGAAAGGAAGAGCCAUAUGAUACACUCCCAAAUGAGACAAACCAUCAAAAGAAUGAUCGAAUGGACACAUACCCCUCAGAGGCUACCUCACCAAAUGGCAACAACAAAAUUGGCAUAGUACCCCAGAAAAGGGAAAGCGUAUUAAUAAAAGAUAAACCACAAAGCAGAAAUAAAUGUAUAUCCUUUAAUGACAUGAACGAACUAAUUGGAGAGACUGAAGAAGAGAAAGAGGAAAAAGAAUCUACGGAAAAAAGGGAUGAGCAGGAAGGAGACGUUUAUAACCUGAUUAGGGAAAAGACGUUACAUGUUCGUGACAUGGAGGAAGAUGAAAAUUAUAUCAGCAAUGAUAUCACAACCAUGUACACUGUUCGUAAAUAUUUCCUCAUUCAAAAUUUUAAUAUAUACAAAAAAAUGGUCCAUUAUUAUACGAAAAUGCAGACAUUUAUGGACCUGGAAGAGAAAAACACAAAGUACACUGAAGUUAUUCAUACGUUGAAAAAAAACUAUAUGAAGGUAGAACAGUACCGAGAGAAUCUAUACUAUCUAUACAAUCAGCUAUUUUCCAUAAUUAGAAAUAUUAACGACGAGAAAAAUAUCAUAUGCCAUGGACUUGUCUUUCUGAAGCUACUCAAUUGUCUCUACUCAUAUAGCAAUAAAUAUGUUACCAACUUGUUUUACUACCUUUUCGUUUUUUCAAAGUAUAAUAAGUUUGCAGAUUAUCUGUGUAACAUACAGAAAUAUUUUGACUACAAGUAUUUCACCUAUUUCACUAACAAGAUUGGAAAUGUGGAUGCAUGCAAUUUUGGUGAAUAUAUGGGCAAGGAACUUAUACACGGGGCCAGUUACAAUAACAAUGGUGUAUCCCCUCAUGAGAAAGACAUCAGCACGUUACCCAACAGUGGAAAUAGCCCCUUGAUUAACGAGAACUUUGCCCUACAGAAGGAGAUAAACGAAAAUAUUAAAAAGGAAGAAAUGCUUAAAGAGAACGAAGUGGCUAAAAAGAAUUUGUCCUGUUUCAUUAUAUCUGCCCUUCUUUAUCUCUACCAGCCGUACAUGUACAGAAAUAAGAAAUGCGCUCCCAUGGCAAAUAGCAAGAAGGAGAAUUUGAAGAAAAUGUUGACAGGGCAGAAGCAGCUUUCAUCCCUCUCAGAGGAAGAUAAUCUUCUUCAUCGCCACAACAGCUCCUUUUACCAAAUGGAUCAGGAAGAUGACGAAGCGAAAUAUACACAAGUAGAAAAUCAAAUAAGCGAAGAAAUGAGCUUCCAACAGAACGACGUAUACAGGGUUGAUAACGGAGUGGAAGGAAACCUACUGACCAGGUUCAAUGCCUUGAACUCGAAGGAAGGGAAAAAUAUAGAAAUAAGGAAAAACAAAUCGUACAUGUUUCAGAAAAAGGGAAUAAAGAUGAAAAUUAAAAUACGAGUUAACAAUGUAUGCCUCAAAAUACACCAGCUAAACAAGGAAAAUAUAUUAACGCUAAAUCUGUACGACUUAAAUUACUACAUGUUUACCUGUCUCCAUCAGUAUCAUUUUUUUUUUCACAAAACGAGUGAGCAUGUUGGUUUUUACCUGAACGACAAGGUGGAGAAAAUCGAAUUUGAAGAUAUAUACGCCAUCACGGGGAAGAGCCAAAUGAAGAAGAGAGUUAACAGCAAUUUGCAUAUGGACAAUCUAUGGUAUGAAUUGUCCGAUGAAGAAUCUGCCAUUCAGGAGAAUCUGUACAACAUGGAGUGGAGAAAUAGAAAGGAGAAAAAAAAAAAAAAAAACUGUAUUAAAAUGCACUUGAAUUUUAAGGUAGGAUUAAAAACGUACGAUAAUAUGUACAACAUACAGGAUAAUAUAAUUAACCCCAUAACCUUUAACUUUAUAAUAAAUGAGAAGUUUAAAUAUUUUCCUAUUUUGCAUGUCCAUUUUUACACCACGAGUAUCAACUUGAACAUCACCACUUCGUUCCUGUACUUGUACAAGUACCUCUACUCAAAUUUAAAUUUUAAAAAAGAUUUCAAUGACGUGAAGAACUCCAACAUUGAAAUUUAUAAUGAUCUGCAUUCAGAAAUAAUUAUUUUUUACAAGACAAGGACGAAGAAUAACAACUACACUUGGAAGUUGAAUAUUAUAGACAAGAACGAAUACCACCAGUUUCCGUGCGAAUGUCUCUACUUUUGCAUUAACAAGAAAAAGGAGAGAAAGAAAAUAAAUUCUGAAUUUUACGAAAUGAAUAGGAAUUCGGAAGAUUUCAUGAUCACCAAUGAACACGACUUGAAUAGCAUUUUCCGGGACAUUUGCAAAAUUGGCUUUAAAAAAAGGAACCUACACAAUUCAGUGGCCAAGCAUGAGAAGCACCUCCUAUAUGACAACACGCAGAGUGUAUAUGACAUCCUGCAUCAGUUCACCUAUCGGAUGCCCUUCCUCUACAAGAACCGAGAGAAAGACAACAAAAUUAUCAACAUAAUAAAGAAGAAGCCCUCUUGGAUUUACAUCGGCGUGUUAUACACCGACGAUUUGUACUCCCGUGCGUACAAGGUUCCGAAUGUGAAACAUAACUUACUGGUCGAGCCUGAGAUCAUAAGGAACAAGUGGUGCCUGUCCAUAGGUACGUGCAUACAAAUUGAGAACAACUCGGGGCUGUAUUUCAGAAUAUACAAGGAAGGGAAAACGAAAUAUUUUUCGCGCGUAAAUUUCAAAUGGAAGUUGGGGAAGAACAGAAGAUCGAGUGGGAAUUAUUCUGCGUGGGAAAACUUGGAUGGAGAAAGAAAAAAUGAUAAGCAUAAAAAGAAGGCAAAAGGAAAGAUAAGAAGUUAUCAGCACGAGAAGGAGAAACAAUUUGAACAGGAGAUUGACCAUCUUAAUAGUAAACAUGUCACAACACAUGUAGAAAAGAACAAGAAAAAGGAAAGAUCUAAAAAUGGAGAUUACAUAAACAUACUGCCGUUCAGCAAGAGAGCAAUUCCGUUGUUCUGGUUGUACGAUUGUAGUUUGCCAUACAUAAAAAUAUUGAGAAAAAAAGAAAAAAAAUAUAACAUGAAGAACUUAAGAAAAACCAAUAAAGAAGAAAAAGAAAAUUUGGACAUCGAAGCUGUUCCAUUUCAUAUACUUUACAAACUACUAAAUAAGUAUGCCCUUAAUAACAAUAACAUUUACCAUAAAAAGUUAGACAUAUCCCCAUGUGAGAUAAUUUUUCAAGGAUUAAUAAUGUUUCAUUGCUUUGUAAAAGUAAAGGAUGUACCAACACAACAUAUUAAAGACACAUCCUACAAUUACACUGUUGUUAUAGAACCUAUGGUCACCAUAAAAAACAACUUACCAAAUCCUAUCACAGUCAUUGUUAGAAUGAAGAAGAAAAAAAGGUUGUUCAGCAUUAGUAAGGAUAAGGCGGAAAUGCAAGUGGAGGAAAAAAUGCUGCAUAAGAGUAACUACGAAAUGAAUGAUGACAUUACCAAAAUUUUGAAGAAGCAAGAAAUGUUCGCCCUAGUGCCCCCGCAUCAUUAUUGGUCCUUGCCCAUCUGCACACAGGCCUUUUACAUGAAGGUGUUUUACCAUGGUCUGCAAAUAGAGAAGAUGAAUUUCAUAUAUGAUUACGCUAAUGAUAUUAAGGGCUACUACGAUUUCAAGGAUGUCAGGCUUCCCGACUGGAACGAAACUUUCUAUGGGGGUAAUAUUAACAGCGCUAUGAAGAAGGGAGACCACGGGGAUAGCGCGGGCGAGAACGGCGCUGUGAAUGCUCCGGGAAAUCACCGCAUAAACCAUCGCGCAAAUGACGAUCGAACCGGAGGCAAUAAGGAUAAGAACGUGCACACAAGCAACAACAGUAACAGUAGUAAUGGAGGAAACGCGUGCAACAUGAUGGGGGAGUACGCCAAAAAUGUGAACUACUGGUUGUACAAAAAUAGAGGGGCGUCCAACGUGAACAGAGACAAUCGAAUGAUGUACGACGAAAUGAUGAAGGAAUUUCAAAAACAUGAGAGGAAUGGAGAAAGCACCAGUUGUAAUAGUCCGAAGCGUCAGAGAAAAAGAAAUAUGUACGAUAAUUUAUUUAGAAAUAGCUUAAACAAUAUAAACAGUUUUGAAGAAAAAGAGGAGAAUAAUUAUGAAAGAAGGAAUAAUUCCAUGUACAAUUUCCUCUACGCAACGGAAGGUUUUUUUCCCAUUUAUAUGCCAAGCACUGAUACGAUUACGUCGACAAAAGUGCUGAAUCAUAAGUUCGGUCUAAUAGGAAAUAUAUUCUCUUAUGAAGAAUUGAAGUAUAUUUAUUUUGAAAAUAAAUUAAGUCAAAUGAAUAAAAAGGUGUAUGAUAAUCUGCACAUUUUUAAAAACAUCACUGUUUCUGCUGAUGUGUCUAGGAGAAAAAUAGAUUUUUAUUUCCCCUUCUUUUUUGAAAAUACAACAAAUGUGUGUAUCUACGUAAAUAACAAGUUGCUUCCGCCAAAUAGCCGUUUAUACAUGACGGAGGAGGAGGCCAAAAGUGUGAGGAUUAAAUCUUACAAACAUGAUUAUUCUAACAAUGUAAUUCUAUGCAGUAAUGUCAGUGGCAAAAUUGACUGCACCAGGACUAACAUGAUGCGACCUCUCAUAAAUUUGGUUUAUAGAAAGAUUAACAGAAAGCAGAAGGUACGAUUUUGGGAAAAAUAUGAAGAGAGAAAAAAAAAAAACUGCAGUAUAAUUAAUACGCCUGCUUUGGACGAAGAAGAAGAGCACACUUCUGGGGAUGACGCAGAUAUCGUCAAACGGACAAGUAGACUCAAACUGAAAGUAGUGCAAGAUAUCCAUGACGGAGUGAACUACAAAAAUCAUCAUUUAAUUAAUGAUUAUGAUGGACAAUUGGACAAACAACCUAUGAUAGGAAAGAAAAAUACGAACAACAUGAACUAUGCGAACGAGGCCCCCGCGCUGGAUUCCGUAAAAUCCCUCACAAAUGAAAUAAACAAGGAAGAGAAGGAAAACGAAGUUGGCGAAAAUAUCGAAGGGAAAACCUCACAAAAGACAGACGAAAUAAACUGCUCGAAUAAUUUAAAUGAUACUUAUUAUCUCCCCCACAACAAGAAUGAUUUAUAUUAUUGUAACUCCAAGUUGUCUGAAAUUUCAGCAAAUACAAAUGAGGAAGGAAAGAGAAAAGCCACUAAAAAGUCGCCAACACACAAAUCGUAUAAAAAUGCAUUCAAAAAUAUCCUCAUGAAUAAUAAAACCCUAUUUAAGAAAAGAAAAAAAAUGAGUGCGAAAUCUUCAGAAUCCAUUGGCAAUUUUAAAAAAAUUAGAAAAUUUAGAUUAUUUCAUAAGCAUGGGAAAAGAGACAAAAUAAAUGCAGAGCAGGAAGAAGAAUAUUUUGAAAACAUAGAUGAGAGGGGAGAACCCUAUGACAACGACGGAAAUGAAGACUCCGUCGAUAGCAGUUACUACGAUGGAAAUGAUAAUGACAGCAAGUUGAAAAAAAAAAGUAAAAAGAGGAGGAAUAUGACGAGGACGAAUUUUAGCUACUCCAGGAGAGGAAAGGGACACAAAAAAUUUUUCAGCAAAAAUUUGUACUCACUUGAUAAGUUGAGUCAUAAAUAUUUUAGCAAAGGGAAAGAGAAGAAGAAGCAAACGGAUUUGUCUUCCCAUGGGGGAAGGGGCAUACACGAUUCCUUCUCUUCAGAAAAUGAAAAAUCAACAGGUGCUUUCCCUUCCUCGCAGGUAAGUUUUAGCAUUUUCCAUCUGUUCAAGGAGAAGGAGGAGACGAGGAAGUGCUCCGAAUUUGAGGAAGACAUUUCCGACGAUAACGCGCAUGAGCAAAUCGAAAUGGAAAAGGAGGAAGAGCAGGAAGAUGUCGAUGAGGAGGACGAGGCCGCUAUAGAGGAAGAGGAUGCAGAUGAGGAUGACACAUUCCAUGCGAACAAUAGAAGGAAGGAAAAGCACGAGAUUCUGAAGUUCCGUCUGAGGAAGAAGAGAAAAAAGAGGGAAUCAAAGGGCGCAAAUGAAAACGACUUGGAAGUUGAUCACGAAAAUGAAAGCGAAAGGAACAAUUCAAAACUUAGGAGAGGGGAUAAAAAAACGUACAAUAAAAAGAGGUUCAAGAUGACCCCUUUCUUCAGCUCUAUCGAUAGGAGACACAUGGGUAAAGUGUCCACUGGAUCGGUCAGUUCUGCAAAAAAUGAAAGGAUUCCCUCGGCAAAAUACAAUUUGGAUGGGAGUUCCUCAGAGAGCGGCAAUUAUAACAAAAUUGAGAGGAAAGGGAAAUAUUCUGAGAGAGGGAAAAAUGGAGAUGCCUCCCGUACAAGGGUAUCGUUCCGGCAAGAUAAUCUACAAUCUACGUGGAACAGAAACGAUAUUCAGGUAGAAGCAGGUGGCGGAGAGGCAGACGAGGGGGAAGCAGAUGCGGAAGUCGAAGCGGUCGACGAAGUGAACCACGAAUCUGUUGUGAAAGAAAAAUCAUCCCUAAGGGAUCUCUCCAGAAAUAUGAGAGAAAGCAGAAAGUCGAAAAUGAAGAAGAAGGAUUAUUACGAAGCAGGGUUCCUGUCGUUAGGAAUUUGUGUCAGAUAUGCCGAGGAGCCAUUUAAUAAAUCAAAAAUUGUUACCUUUGUUAAUAGCUACAUAUUCAUAAAUAGGCUUCCAUUUGAUGUGAAAAUAGCUACCGACUCGCUUAGAAAAUCAGACAGUAUUUUUACAACUCAUAAUGUAACACUCCGCUCAGAUUUUAACAACGCAUAUAAGGAAAUGCUCCCAUUAGAUACCCUCACCGCCAGCAAAAGUGUGAAUAACAUUAAAUCGUUGAGAAACGCAACGAUGGAAAAAGAUGUAUGCGCAAUUAACGUAGGUGAUGUGUCGAGAAUUAGAGAAAAUUUAAAAAUUGAUGCAAGCAAGGAUCAAGCGGUAGAUAUGGAAGCCUUCCGAAUUGGGGAUACCAGAAUGGAGAAAAAUACUACAAGCGGGAAUGCUAGAAAAACGUCCAACAUGAACAAUAACAGCUUUAAAGAACAUGAGGGAAAUAUCCCAGACAACAGUAACCUGAUUGUGAAUAGAAGCUCUACAAAUUAUGAUCAUAUAGAAGCAUCAUCAAGGGAGGUAAAUCAGACAGAGAAUCCAUAUAGUGCGAAUAGUAAAAAGGGAAAUGAUGAGCAAGUAGCAGAGAAAAAUGAGACUUACAUAAGAAGCGGAGAAAUUACAGCUUUCCAUUAUCAUAGGAGUUACAUAAAGUUAAAGGAUAGCAGCGAAGGGUACAGCUCACAACCAUUCUCCCUAAUCCCGAAGAAUGUCCCAUCGAAUUUCCAGAUCGAAUUAUUCAACAUGAAUAAAUCACAGAUAAAUAACACAAACAAUUUGCUAGUAGAAGUAAAUGUAUGCAGUGGCAUUUUUGGAGACAAGCAACAAUUGCCGUACACAUACAAUGGGUACUUUUACAUUCUCAGUUUGCCGGUUAGACCCCAAUUUGAAAUUAUCAACGCCACGAAAUUUAUCAUAGCCUACGCAACUGAUGUAAAUAAGUACACAAAGAAGUAUAUGAACAAUAAUUAUGACACAUAUUUGAGGAGAAGCACAAAGAAUGGAGAUUUUCCGGUGAAGAUGAUUUAUCCGUACAGCUCCAUUUACUACACCCUGAGGAACAGCAACGAAAUUGAGUCUUCUAAAAUUGCCUUGAAAAUUGUCGGGGUCCAGAAAAGCUCUUGGUGUAUCAAUACUAUCAACUCCUUCAUUGACAAUGUGGUCACGCUACCUUAUAGAGUGUACGGGGAGAAUAAACUUUCCCCCGAGAAGAAAUUCAAGCGUAGGAGAAAUAGCAACAAAAAUGACAAGGACGCAUACAUUCUAGCAAGUCGAAGAAAUUCACAAAAAACACACUUGCACAAUGACGAGGGGAAUGCCGUUUGGAGGGAAUUCCAAUCGAACGAUAGCUGUGGAGAACUAAACAAUGACAACCACAUUCUUAACGGAGAUGGAGAAAAGGAAGAUGCUAUAAGGAGAAGAGAGAAAAUCGAAAAGGAUAACAUAUUCCUAGGAAAUAACUUGGUCAACAAGAAGUUAUACUCUUUUCUGAUUAUAAGGGAUAAUGGAAGCAGAGCUAUCGUCAUCACAGAGAAGUAUAACCUAGCAAGGGAAAUUGUGAGCACCAAAAAUUUCAGUAAAAUUCAUAGGAUAAUAGCUAUAAGUAGUAGGAAGAAGAUAUUACUAUCAAAUAAAAACGCCAACAGGAAAUAUAUGUUGGAUUAUAAAAAAAUGAAUUUUGUAUAUUUCAAUUUUCCAAUAGUUCCUGUCAUAUAUAAUUUUAACAUCCCAAGAUUAACCGUAACGUGGAUUCACAGACAAGAUGUGGUAAUUGCUAUUCACCUGUCCAAUUUGAAAUACAGUGGCCAUAUAUACCCCAAGGAAAUUAUAAACUACGACAUAAAUCACAUGUUCACACCUAUCAACAUUUUAAAGAAGAAAGAAGUGGAAGAAUACGUGCAGUACGUUUUUCUCAACAGUUAUGUAGACUCCAUUUUUCUGAUCGAGCAGAUUCAUAUAGACCACUUCGUAAAGGGAGACAUCCCCGUCAUUCUCAAGAACACCAACAUUGAGGAGGAUGAAGACACAUUUUUAUAUAUUCACGUGAAGCAAUACUGUGUGGAUUCCUUUAAACAGGCCCCCAUAUAUCAAAGCAUAAUGAUCAAGAUCUCUCCGAUAAAUGCGAACAUCGAAUUAUUGGUUAUCGAGCAGUUAAUAGAAAUUAUAGAGAAGGAGAAACAACUAUUAUUACUGUACGAACGGGAGGAAAAAUCAUUACCACCGCUCAUUGCUACAUCAGAAACGGCAAGGAAUGCUAUUAAUACCACGCUGAAAAUAUUUUCCGAUGCGAAUUUUCUCAGAAUGAUAUACAUGGACGAUUGUAUCAGGAGAAAAACGGAGAACGACUUCAUCCUGAAGAACAACCAAAUUGUGAAUAAUAACAUCAUCUUGAAUUCUACAAAUAGGGAAGAAAAUAAAUACAGGACCAUACGUAACUAUGAGCGCAAACAUGUGAAAGAAAGCCAAGCGGAAAUUAAACCAAAUGCCUAUUCCUAUUAUUUUAGUUCACCCCAGGUUAGAAUGAUAACACAAAAUAGAAUAAUCAACAUUAACAACAUCACUGACAAAAUUUGUUCACAGGACUCCACCAACAGUUCUAUAUCAACAAAUGAAAGUAGCAAAAAUAAAAACCACAGCAAUGUACAUAAAAAAAUAUGUAAAACAUUAGUAGGAUAUUAUAAAUACAAGAAAGUACAUAAUUUGAUAAAUAACACUUAUUACGAUAUUAACAAUAUGAAUGAUGAACGUAUUUUGCCAAUAAAAAUCCAGUACUUUAGAAACCAAAAAAUUUUUAUGAAUGCAUUUUCUUCUCACCUAUUUUUACACCCAAACCCAAGAUGGAUGGACAAUAAGAGCAAACCUGUAUAUAUCAGGGAAUUCAAAAUUAACCCAAUUGAAAUUAUAGCCUCUAUUAGAACUUCUGAACACAGGAUUUCAAGGAGAAUAUUACACAUUGUAGAUGCACUACCUGUUGAUACUCCCUCCAUGAGAAUACAUUUGAUUUCCCAAAAGAGGAAUUAUAUUGUCUGUACAUGGGAUGGCUUAUUCCAGUCCUUAAGGGUUUCUUACUUCAGACAACUAUUGAGACAGUCCUUACCCAGUGCAUGGCUAUCCAACCCCUUUGCCUUUAUCAAGGGGUUCAUAAAAGGAAUCACGGCUCUGUUUAAAGAAACGGUUAGGGGAGUUAAAACCAGUUCCAACUUUUUCGAUGGAUUCAUGUCUGGAUUUAAAUGUGGAAUUAUCAUACUUGUUGUGAACACCGUUGGAGGCUUAUUCCAAUCUUUAAGUCAUAUGUUAAAUGUGUGUCAUAAAUUAAUGGGGGGUUCAAGGCCACGACCACCAAGUAUCUUAGAUUCUAUAAUUCUCGGCCUGGAUGGAUUGCUUCUAGACACAUUUUACAGGCCCUGGGUUUCUUUAUUCAAUGAACCGAAAAUCUCUCUGAACAAAGGAAAUAGUACUUUAAAAACCGUGUGCAUCAUUAUCGGGUGUAUUCUCAGGUGCAUAUUUUCUCCCAUCUUUGGCCUCCUGAAUCUCUUUGCCUCCAUUACGGAAGGAUUUGCCAACACGCUCAUUGGAGACUUUGAGAGAUUUUCCAGGGUUCAGGAGCGGUCGGAGUUUGAAACGGAGAAGGUGCACAACGCGGUCGCCGCGAUGAGAAGGGGUAAAAGUUUUAUGAAGAAGGCACACAGACAUGAUAAGGACGCUUAG